AAGAUCUGCUCAAAAUUAAAACGACGGCGAAGGACACAUCGAGUGGCAAUUCCGUUUGAAAAUGCACGGUCGACCUCGCAAAGCGUUGAAGCCAGAAGAUGAAGCUGCUUCUUCAGCCAAAGCUGAGAAGCUUCGUUCACUCCAAGCUCAGUUUCUCGCCAAUCACCAGAACAGCAUAUAUAGCAAGGAAGCUCUAGAUUUGAGCGCGAAGCUUCUAGAAAUAAAUCCAGAGUGCUACACGGCUUGGAAUUACAGAAAGCUCGCCGUUCAACACAUUCUCUCUAACUCCGAUUCCGAUCCCCAAUCUAUCUUCAGCGACGAGCUCAAACUCGUGGAGAAUGCGCUGAGGAAGAAUUUCAAGUCUUACGGCGCGUGGCAUCACAGAAAAUGGGUGCUCAGCAAGGGGCAUUCGUCCAUAGACAAAGAAAUGCGCCUUCUCAACGAUUUCCAGAAGGAGGAUCCUCGGAAUUUUCACGCGUGGAAUCAUCGAAGGUUUGUUGCUGGACUGAUGGAACGAUCAGAAGAGGAUGAGUUGAAAUACACAGAGAAAGUGAUAGGGGCUAAUUUCAGUAAUUAUUCCGCAUGGCACAAUCGUAGCGUGCUUCUGUCCAAUUUGCUGAAAAGAGAGGCUGAAGGAUAUUUCCCUAAAGAAAAAGUUUUGGAAGAGGAGUUUCAGCAUGUCCACAAUGCUAUUUUUACCGAUCCAGAUGAUCAGAGUGGCUGGUUUUAUCAUCUUUGGCUUAUUGAUCAAACAGUUAAAAAUGAAGCUCCUCUACUUGUUUCAUCUUGGCCUUCCCAUGGAUCUAGUAUAACUAUAAUUGGGGACAAUGGCCUUCGUGGUUGUGGUUUGUCUCUGCUGAAUGGUACACAAUCAGACAGUGGAACACUUCCAAUUAUUCUUUAUUUCAAUCAGGCUGUCAAAGGAAUAAACUCAUCCACAGUGGCUAUUGAAUCUGAACUUUUAACGAAGGAACUUGUUUGGAAACCACUUGCAAUGAAUAAUUCAAGUACUGCUCAGGUUUGGGUUGUAUAUCUAGACCUUGGCAAUAUGGAGCUUCAACAGUCGAAAACUUACUCUGUAGAGAUCAACAUUGGACAUUCUAGUGGUAUUUUAUCUUCAAAUGGAAAUCACUAUGGUGAUCCUUCCCAAAUUUCCUUUGAAGUGUUUGUACAAACUGCAAAUACGGAACCUACAGAAGGACAGGGUGGAAAAAGGACUACAUGGAAUGAUACAAACUUCCAAAAAAUUGAUCAUUUUCAGGAAUUAGAUUCCAUUUUUACUGCUGAUCAAAAUCACCAUAUUCCAAAAUCUUUGGAUUGGUGCACUGAGGAAAUUGUUAAAGAAAUAACUAAUUUCCGGGACUUAUUGUCAGAGUAUGACUGUAAAAUUGGAAAGCUUACGCUGGCUAGACUUUUGACUGCUCUUGAUAUGUUAUCAUCUCAACACGAUGGAAGAAAAUCUAACACUGAAGAAGUUCUUCAACUUUAUACUGAUCUGAUGAAGUUGGAUCCAACACAUUCUUUAUACUACAAGGAUGAGCGUAGUCUGAUAUCACUAAAGCAGAUAACUUCAACCAGGGAUUCUUUACUACCAUACUGCCACUACCAUAAAGAUGCAACAGAAACAUUCACUGGCCAUGUCUGUCUACGAUUACAAAAUCUAUCAUUGUCACGGAUGGGAUCCAUUGAGAAUUUAUUGUGGGUGCAAAUGCUAGACCUUAGCCACAAUGAACUUCAAUCCAUUGAAGGGUUGGAGGCCAUGCAACUUCUAUCUUGCUUAAAUCUGAGUCAUAAUAAGUUUGGAAGCUUUACUGCUUUGGGGCCUCUCAGAUUGCUCAAGUCACUUAAAGUGUUGAAUAUUUCAUACAAUGAGUUAGGCUCCCACUCAAUUGACACAACAAGAUACUUAUGCUCUUCUCCUGUAGCUCAUACUGAAGAAUUUGCCUGGGACCGAUUUGAAACCCUCACUGGCAGCGUUAAUGCCACAAAUUUUUGGGAAGCUUUCUUGCUAUUUGGAAGCUUGGCAUUGACAGAGUUAAACAUAUCAGGGAAUGCAGUAGCUGAUGAGAACUUCAGGUCAUUUCUUGUUAAAGUCUUGCCAACACUCAAGUGGCUAGAUGAUGAGGAAUUAUCUUGAACUAUCUUGGCUUUUAGGGAUGCAGUUUUAUCUUACUGGAAUAAUGUGAAGGUAUACUUCCUUAUCCAGAAGAUUGUUCGUUGGGUUAACUUAUCCUUGAUAAAGGACAUUUUUUAACCCGUUUUGCAUUUGGUCCUUGUUGGCAUUGGGUGCUAAACUGAUAGUAUGGAUUAGACUAAUAGAAGUGGGUAUUGGGUAACAUUUCUACUGUCUAUACAAAUACCAAACGACGACUUUGAUGAGUAAUAUAAGCUCCUUGUUCAAAUCUCAGUGCUUCGCCUUAGUCAUGAAGAAGGUAGCAUAUAUGAUCCUUAAACAUGUACACGAACUUUGAUGUUAGGCUUGAAUUUCUCUCGAAAUUUUUUUUGGUGCACCGACACACGAAGGUGUAGUCCAUCCUCCUGUGAAGGACCAAAGUAUCAUUUGUGUAACCAAUCUCUUUCAUGUUGCCUUGAUGUUAAACUUGUAUUUUGAACAUUGCAUGCUUAAAACGGUGAUUAUGACUUGCUGCCUUGCGAGGGGUGAAUUGAUUUAUAAAUAGAAGAAAAAAGAGUUUUUGAAA